AUGCGCCUCGCACCCCUCCUCGCUGCCGCGGUGCUCGCCCUUGCCGGCUCGAGCGCGGCGCAGCAGGCCAUGACGAGCGGCAGUGGACUUGGCGCCACGCCGACGACUGCGCUGCCGUACAAUAAUGCAACGACUGCGCUCCCACCAUCGUCGAGCGGAAUACCAGUGGCCCCGUCCCCCACCGGCACCAUGUCACCCGACGACUCAGCCACGCUCGACGCAGCCCGCACACAUACCAACGACCUCCGCAUGGGCUUCAUCGCAGCCACGAGCGUCAUGACUGCGCUGUGCCUGCUGCUCGGCGUGCCCUUCGCGGUGUGGUUCCACCGUGCCGUCGAGCGCGAGGUCGGCGGCGGCCGCGGGCACGGAGGUGCAGCCGGCGCCCAGCUGCCUUCGUACGUCGAGGAAGAGCUGCCAAAGUACGAGGUGUCGAGCCCGCGCUCCUCGGUACAGGCUGCGCCGAGCCCUCCCCCAGCGCGCAGAGGCAAGAUCGUCACGGUAGCGUCGUUGUUGUUCGCGCGCCUCCCGUCCGCCGCGGCGCAGGCAACGGCAACGACGGACGCACCGGCGACGCCCUCGUCCCUCUCCGCCGUGCUCAGCGCCGAGAGUAACAAGCAGGCGCUGUACGCCAUGGGCAUCGUGCUCGGCGUGAUUGGCCCGCCGCUCAUCGUGGGCUUCUUUGUUCUCGUAAGUGCCAUCUGGCUCGUUUCGUUUCGGUGGUCUGGUGUGGUCACGGGGUGGAAUGGGGUGGCUGGUUGA